AUGGCAGAGACGCAGAACAAGUCGAUAAAAAUAAGACCCAUCCUCCACGUGUUUGCAUGCAUGUGCCUCCACUUCUGGAACCUGUCUCCAUUUCUUUCACCUUCUCUCUCGAACCUCACACGUCUCUCCUCUCUCAUCCUCUCCGAUAUGGCUGACCGAACAAACCCUAGCCACAGGCCCACCUACGGCUCCACCACCGUCCCACGCAGUAGCCAUCCAAUCGCAUCUCUCAUCCGUCAGCUACAAUCACACGCUCCUAAUAGUUACUCCGGCCAGCGCUUCGGCUUCCUCGCAUUCUUCAUCUCCGGUGGAGUCCUCCUCUUACUUACCGGUAUCACCUUCACAGCUUCCGUCCUUGGAUUCAUCGCUUUCCUUCCAAUCAUCAUCAUCUCAAGCCCUAUAUGGAUCCCUUUGUUCCUCAUCGCUACCGGAUUCUUGUCUCUCGCUGGUUUCCUCUUUGCUACUGGGGCUGUCGUCUCGUGGACGUACAAGUAUUUUAAAGGCAUGCAUCCACUCGGGUCGAAUCAGGUGGAUUAUGCUCGGAGUCGGAUCUAUGACACGGCGGCUCAUGUCAAAGAUUAUGCUGGUGGGUACCUUCACGGUAAGCUGAAAGAUGCGGCGCCUGGUGCAUGA